AUGAGCUCAUCCAUGUCACAGCAGCAGCGUCAAGCCGAGCCGAGCUACGCGCUCGUGCCCCCUAACUAUGCUUCGCACACGUCGACCUCGACGAACUCGGCCACUUCGCAUCCCGUCUAUGCCGGAGUCCACGAUACCAUGCGUCACGGUCUCACCAACGUGCUGCACCAGGUGUCGACGCACUCGCAUCACCCGAUCCAGAACAGACUCGAGAACUGGGAGGCGACACGCGAUAACCUCAAGCUCACCAUGCAGCGCAACAUCCACGGCAUCGGCGCACCAGCGCACAUUUUGAUGGAGCGCAAGAUCGCCAGCUUUGACCCGGCAUUCGACCCAACUCGAAGCUCCAACUCACUCUCCAAGGUGCACCUUGACAUUCUCAAUGGUGACGACGAGCGCAUCGAGCCGCGAGACUUCCUUCCUUCUGAGAUUUCGGCAAACCUCCCCGACAUGCACACCGUCAUGGAACGCCGUCUUGGUCUCUAA